AUGGCACGAAUCCUCCCGAAAGACCCAGAACUGGAAACACUGGAUGAAACACAUCAUACAUGGCACGUCAAAAAUUGGCGAACGUUGGAUCGGAAAGAACAUGGGCCAGCAUUCCAGUGCGGAGGCUCCCCAUGGCGGAUUCUCUUCUUCCCAUAUGGCAAUCACGUCGACUAUGCUUCACUCUACUUGGACCAUGCCUGGGAAAAGGAACCACCGGAGAACUGGUAUGCAUGUGUGCAGUUUGCUUUGGUCCUAUCGAAUGUGAAUGAUCCAUCCAUCUACACCACUCAUGUUGCGACGCAUAGAUUUAACGCAGAUGAGGGAGACUGGGGUUUCACCAGAUUCUGUGAAUUGCGGAGGCUGUUCGGUGUCCCCUGGGAGGGACGAGACGUGCCGCUUGUGCAGAAUGACGAGGCAAAGAUCACAGCCUACGUCCGUGUUGUCAAGGACCCGACUGGAGUCUUGUGGCACAGUUUCCAGAACUACGAUUCUAAAAAGGAGACCGGAAUGGUCGGUCUGAAGAACCAAGGUGCAACCUGCUAUCUUAAUUCACUCCUACAAUCAUUGUACUUCACCAACAUGUUCAGAAAGGCUGUCUACCAAAUCCCGACUGAGACCGAGUCCUCCAGAGCCAACAGUGCCUGGACGCUUCAGAGACUCUUCUACAGUUUACAAACAAGCGACAACUCCGUCUCGACCACUGAACUUACGGCCUCUUUCGGCUGGGAAUCAAGACAGAUAUUCGAACAACAGGAUGUCCAAGAAUUGUCGAGAAAGCUUAUGGAGAGGUUGGAGGAAAAGAUGAAGGGUACUCCGGCUGAAAAGGCACUCCCCGACAUGUUUGUCGGUAAAACGAAAACGUACAUUUCCUGCAUCAAUGUCGACUACGAAUCCUCUCGCGUGGAAGAUUUCUGGGAUAUCCAGCUCAACGUGCGAGGCAACAAGACCCUUGACGACAGUUUCCGAGACUACAUCCAGGUGGAAACACUUGAAGGUGAAAACAAAUACGAUGCUGGAUCGCCUUAUGGACUCCAGGAUGCCAAGAAGGGUGUCAUUUUCGAGAGCUUCCCACCCAUUUUGCACCUACAUUUGAAGCGAUUUGAAUACGAUAUCAACCGCGAUGCUAUGAUGAAGUUGAAUGACAGACACGCCUUCCCGAUGGAAUUCGAUGCUACGCCUUAUCUGUCUGAGGAUGCUGAUAAGUCUGAAUCCUGGAUCUAUCAAUUACAUGGCGUGCUGGUACACAGUGGCGACUUGAAUGCCGGCCAUUAUUACGCAUAUUUGAAGCCUACGAAGGACGGGCAUUGGUAUCGAUUUGAUGAUGACCGAGUCAUUCGGGCUACCGAGAAGGAAGUCCUCGACGAGAACUAUGGUGGUGAAUACGAGCUGUCCAAUGGCGCUACCGGAGUUAGACAGCCACACACCCGUACACUGUCUACCAAGCGGUCAAUGAAUGCAUAUAUGUUGGUCUAUAUUCGGAAGACGAGAUUGGAUGAUGUCCUCCUUCCCAUUACCAAAGAUGAUGUCCCUGACCACAUUGAGACACGCUUGGUUGAGGAACGCGCCGAAUUCCAGCGGAGAAAGAAGGAAAGGGAAGAAGCUCAUCUGUAUCUCAACGUCGACGUCUUGUCAGAAGAGACUUUCAAAUCACAUCAUGGAUUCAAUCUGACAAGCCUUGACUUGCCAACCGACGAUCCUGCGCUGCCAGAACAACACCGAGUCCUCAAGGCUAAAAAAGUCAGCGAGUUUGCGGAACAGCUCGCACAAGGAAAGGGUGUCAAGGCGAGCCAGAUCCGAUUCUGGGCAAUGGUGAACCGUCAAAACAAAACUACUCGUCCGGACCAGGCCAUCAGGGAUCCUGAGAUGACUCUCGAGGAAGCGCAGGCCAGAUUCGGCUCGAAAGGAAACACAUUUAGAGUCUGGAUGGAAGUUGGUCAACCGUCUACCGAUGGAACAGUUGAUUGGCCGGACAGCGCAAAUUCCGUGCUCAUUUUCCUGAAGCAUUUUGAUGUCAUAGCACAAGACAUGGUUGGUGUCGGCGCCGUCUACGUCCGCAAGAAUCAGAAGGUCUCUGAGCUGGCACCAUAUAUUCUCGAGAAAAUGAGUUGGCCCGCUGGCACGGAGUUCAUGCUGUUCGAGGAGAUUAAACCCUCCAUGAUUGACGUUAUGAAGCCCAAGCAAACUUUCCAACAGUCCGAGAUACAGGACGGUGAUGUUAUUGCUUUCCAGCGGACAAUCAAAGAGUCUGAGCUGCCUCCUACCGCAUUGUACCAGGACGCAAGGCAGUACUACGACUACUUGCUGAACAAAAUAGAUGUGUUUUUUGCUCCCAUCAGGGUGGGAGAGGGCGACGAAUUCACACUAACACUUAACAAAAAGAUGACAUAUGAUCAGUUCUCGAAGAAGGCCGGUGAACACCUUGGUGUGGACUCGACACACUUGCGCUUUGCACCAGUUCUCGCAAGCACCGGCAAACCAAAACCAUUUAUCAGGCGCAACCCUAAUCAGACCGCUCAAAACCUAGACUCAAUUCUCAAUCCACAAAUGAACGGUGGAUAUGGAUACAGCCUGCACCGUACGGAUGCGUUGUAUUUCGAAGUCUUGGAGAUGAGCUUGAGCGACUACGAGAGCAAAAAGUGCUUGAAGGUGACCUGGCUUCCCGAGGGUAUUACCAAAGAGCAAGUGGUUGAAGUACUUGUCCCUCGGGACGGAACUCUGCUGGACCUUCAGGUUGGGUUGCAGAAGAAACUGAACCUCGAGGAAGAUGCGAUCAAAUACUUGAGAGUCUUCGAAGCACAUAGUGGCAAAGUCCACAGAGAACAUCCGCAAGACAGCAAGAUCUCCGGUGUCAACGAUUUUGUUCCCUUGUACGCUGAGAAGAUCCCUGAUGAAGAACUCAACUUGGAGCAAGGAGAACGUAUGGUCAGUGCGUUCAACUUUGACCGGGAGCCAAACCGGCCGCAUGGUGUGCCGUUCAAGUUCGUUAUGAAGCCUGGCGAGAUUUUCAAGGAAACGAAGGAGAGGCUUUCCAAGCGAACCGGCAUUAAAGGCAAGAACUUUGAAAAGAUCAAGUUUGCCGUUGUCGCUCGGACCUUAUAUUCUUCCAGUCCGCGGUAUCUCGAUGAUGAUGACAUCCUUUCGGACGUGAUUGGUGAGAGCGAUGACCUCCUCGGUCUUGACCACCUAAACAAAAAUCGGAGCUUCUGGAACCGUAGCGAGUCUUUCUUCAUCCGAUAA